AUGACUGUUUUGAUAACUGAGGAUCCUGGCAGGUCAAUCGAUGUUUACUUAUGGCCGUUGGUUGAUGAGCUCAAGGAUUUAUGGACAAACGGUGUGCGCACGUACGAUAAAGCCACUGUGAAGAUGUUCACUUUGCGGGCAGCAGUGAUGUGGACUGUAAAUGAUUUUCCCGCAUAUGCAAUGGUUUCUGUGUGGAGCACAAAGGGUUAUAUGGCAUGCCCUGUAUGCAAGGAAAAUGUAACUUCUGGUUGGCACGUGGGAAAAGUUUGUUAUCUUGGUCAUCGAAGAUGGUUGUCAUGGGACCACGAGUGGCGGGAAAAGGAUAAAGAGUUUGACGGGAACACAGAGCAUCGCUUCAGACCUAGAGAAUGGUCCGGUGAUGAUAUCUUGGAACAGCUAAACCGUUUGGAUUUUUCUUCGUUCGGGAAAACAGUUACCCGGACCAGACCUUCUACACAUUUGAACUGGACGCACAAGUCUAUGUUUUUUGAGCUCCCAUAUUGGUCGAAACUAAAAUUGAGGCACAAUCUCGACGUUAUGCAUGUUGAGAAAAAUGUCUUUGACACAUUGCUGGGCACGAUUCUAGAUAUCGAGGGUAAGACAAAGGACACGAUCAAAGCUCGUCUUGAUUUGGAAAGAAUGGGCAUACGAAGAGGUUUAUGGAUGAACAGGGACGGUGAUAAAGCUAGAAGGGAUCUAGCAUUUUUUGCCAUGAAACCGAUUGACAAAAAAGAUUUUCUACAGUUUGUAUCAUCGGUAAAGUUUCCCGAUGGGUAUGUUUCUAAUAUCGCGUGUUGCCUGAAUGUUGACGGGGGUAAAUUUACUGGACUGAAGAGCCAUGACUACCAUGUGUUUAUGCAACGCCUACUUCCUGUGGGUAUUCGACACCUUUUGCUAGAAGAUGUAGUGAAACCAAUGAUGUUGUUGUCCAGAUUUUUUUCCCAACUAACGGCAAAAACAUUGCGAAAGACAGACAUUAAUCAGUUGCGCCAUGACAUUGUCCAAGUCCUAUGCAAGUUCGAGAUGAUAUUCCCUCCAGCUUUUUUCACAAGUAUGAUCCACGUGAUGGUUCAUUUGCCAGAAGAGGCAUUGCUCGCUGGUCUUUUAAACUAUCGCUGGAUGUAUCCAAUAAAAAGGGCGAAACCCAAAGGAUCAAUUAUAGAGGCUUGGGUUCAAUAUGAGUCGCUUACUUUUUGUGGAAUGUAUUUAAAAGAUGUGGACGCAGCUUUCAAUCGUCCUCAACGCAAUAAUGACGGAGGUCUGAGAAAUGAGAAACUUUCUGUUUUCGCCCAAAGCGCACGACCCUUUGGAGAUCCGGUGAAUAAGUUGAAAUCAUCGAAUUCACCCUCUUACAGUGAAGAGUUAUAUAACUUGGCGUUCGGCCCGAUUCGCACUGAAUUAUUCUCGGGUUGCCAUGUUAAUGGCGUUAAGUUUUUGGGGACUGCACGAGAUGACAAGUUGUGUACGCAAAACAGUGGUGUCCAUGUCCCGGGUGGUGGCGAAAGUACUGACAUUGAUUUCUAUGGCAAACUCACAACUGUCAUGCAAUUGCUUUACAAAGACCGAUACCAAGUGAUCAUGUUUAAGUGUCGAUGGUUUGAUACAAAUCCAAAUAGGCAGGGAAGUGUUAAAAUAAACCAUGGCUUACUAUCAGUGAACAUUAACAAAACUUGGUAUGAUGACGACCCUUACAUUUUGGCAAACAUGGCAAGACAAAUUAUGUAUCUAGAUGACCCUAAAGCCGGAAGCGGUUGGAAGGUUGCUCAGCAGAUGGAUCAGAGGAACGUGUAUGCUAUACCAAAACUAGACUCAACUGACAACGACGUCGACAACGUCACUGACCAACGAUUGGAAUCUUCCAUGGAAACUGAUGCGGAAACACUUCGAGAUUUAGAUGUUAUACAAGAACCGUUUCAGCUUCAAGGAGUGUCUUCAAUCGAAAUACCAAUUAAGUCAAUUACAAUUGACCUCGGUGAUCUUCUGUGCUAUGAAGUUCCAGUGGGCCCAAACAACAAAAGUGAUGAGGAGGAGAAUUGGGAGACCGAAAUUGAUGAUAGCGAGGAUAACAAAAGUUACAAUAGUUCAGAUGAUGAAUAA